AUGGCAGGUCCUACCCUUAUGGACUCUGCUGAGGAUGCAGAAGAGUUCAUUGAAAAGGUUGAUGAAGUGCACAGGCUUAUUGAGGGUCUUAAGGCUGGAACUGUAAGCCCUGAUUAUAUUGAUAGCAAACAGAAACAGAAAGAAAAAAAGGAACGUGAAAGGCAAGAGUUCGUGAAGAAGCACACCGCGGGCCGCGGCCCGACGCCUGCUGGACCUGAGGCGCUCCAGUCUCCAAAAAAGGAGGAUGAAGAUGAUCAUGACGCGGAGGCUGAGCGUCGCGAGCGCGCGAUGGCGAAAGUCAAGGAGCUUAUGGCAAACCGACAGCGCAAGCUACAUGCCAGGGCACGCUACGAGGAGUACGUCAAAAGCCUGGAUAAGACCCGAUUUGGUACCGAUUAUACUAAAUGGGACAUUUGGUGUCCAGAGGACGAGGAGGAUGACCUCAUCAACUCCAUCGGCCCCAACACCCCGCAGUUCAAGGCCAUGGAAAAGGAUAUUGACGAGCGACACCGCCAGCUUGUGGAGCGGAGGCAACUGGCGGAGCGCUGCCGUGUUCGCGGCAACGAGGCCUACAAGGCACGCCAGUACUCAGAGGCACUGCGCUGCUACCAGCAGGGCAUUGAGUCGGAGCGCACCAACAUGGCCCUCCACGCCAAUGCCGCGAUGGCCGCCCUAAAGAUAAACUGCUUCGUGCAGGCGGUUGAGCACUGUGACAAGGUCCUCUCCAUUGCGGACUUCCUGCACAACAACCGGCGGGACCCCCUGGUCGUCAAAGCCCUGCAGCGCCGCGCGGAGGCCUACCGUGCGCUACAGCAGCCCGGCAGGGCCGUAGAGGACUUGCAGUCAGCGCUGGAGCUGGAGCCCGGCAACACUGAGGUGGAGAAGCAGCUGGCCAAGGCGAGAUUGGAGAACGAGGAGGCGCGAAAGCAACGGGCCAUUGCCAGGGCUGUGGGCCGGACGGCUGGUAGCGCCAGCAGCGGCAGCAACGCGGAUGCGGGAGCGGUGGUGCAGAGACAGCGCGGGGGGGAAACGUCGGAUGGCGCGAGCGUGAUGGAGGCCGGGGGUGUCGUGUUGGACUUGGAGAAGUUGGGUCGGUUGGAGCGGUUGGCAGCGGCGCUAGCGCCGGUGCCGGAGGCGGCGACUGCCACUGGCACCGGGAUCACAAGCUCCGGAGGCGAUCAGGCUAGCUGCGAAGCCGCGGCGGCAGAGGCCGGCAACAACGACAGCAGUGGCAGCAGCGGAGGAAGAGAGGGGUUCCCCUCUUUGCAGACAGGUCAGCAGCCGGCACCAGGGGCUCGGCGAGGGCCCACGUUGCCGCCGCGGCGGCAGCAGGCGAACGGGGGCGGGUCAUUGGGUCAGGGCCCUAACCCAAGCAGCACCGCCAGUGAAGGACCGGCUGCUGCAUCAACCACGGCCAGCAUCUGCAGCGACAUGAGAUCGCUGCUGCGCGACGAUGACGCGUGCUGCGUUUACUUGCGGGAGUGCGGCGGUCUGCAGAACAUCGCCGCGCGGAUCACCGCCAAGCGGCCGGCUCCCGGUUCACCGAGCGCGGCGGCAUCGGCGUCGGCGGACCUGUCGGCGCUGCUGCUACUGCUGAACGAUGCGUGCAUGAACGACGGCAACCUCAAACAGCUGCCGGCGCUGAAGGUGCUGCCGGCGGUGGUGGCCGCACUGGGCGGGAACGCGGCAGGUUGCGCUUGCGCAGGGGAUGAGGAGGCGGCAGCGGUGACGUUGUUGUGUACCGCGGUGACGAACGAGGAUGUACGGCGGGAGGUGUCCCGGUUGUUGGGCGCUGGUGCUGGCACCGGCUUGGUGCGCCUUGUGGAGUUGCUGGGCAGGGCCAAACCCACUGUGCAGGGCGUGGCGCUGGCGCUGCUGGGCAACUGCAUGGUGGACAGAGCCACCAAGGCCGCCAUGGCGACCGUGUGGCGCAGCGACGCGGCCACGGCGAGCUGCUUCCUGGGCCUGCUACGCAGCCCUAACGCCGUACUGGUGGAGAAGGUGGCGGUGCUACUGGGCAACAUGGCGACGGACGCCGCGCUGAGGACGGAGAUACUCGCCGCCAACGGCGGCGUCGUGCGGCAGCUGCUGGAGCUGGUGACGCAUGGCAGCAGCGGAAGCAGAGCCGGCGCCGCAGCAGCGGCAGCGGACCAGGAUCUGCAGCGCGCGGCGGCGACGGCGCUGUUCAACCUGACGGUGGACGAGGCAGGACAGCGGCUGGUUGGGGAGGACUUGGCGGGGCUCGCGAACCUGCACCGCCUGGCGGCGGUGCCGGCGGCGGCGGCGGAUCGUGCUCUUGCGGCGAGGGCGGCGGGUGUGUGUGCGCGGGCAGCCAAAACGGCCGCUGGUAGCGCGACGCUGCUUGGUCUUGGCGCUGUGGCGGACAUGGCGGCAGUGGUCAGCGCUGCUCUCGACGGCUUGGAGGCGGCGGCGGCGGCUGACUCUAUGGAUUCGGAAGCGUUGGCAGCACAUCUUGACGCCGCUAUCCGCAUCCUGACCAUCCUCACCAGCCCGGAUGAUGCGGCACUGGCGGCACAGCAGCUGGUGGAUGCCGGCGGCGUGGCCGUGCUGCUGCGUACGGUGCAGCUCGCGUCAGGGAGGGCAACGGCGACGGCGACGGCGGGCGGCAAGGCGGCGGCGGCGGCCACCUUCGGCGCAGUGGGCGAGUUGGUGGUAGCGAACGCAGCGUUAUGCCUGGCGGGUCUGGCGCGGCGGAAGGAGUACUUGGCCUUGCUGCGGGAUGCGGAUCCGGUGCCGGUGCUGGUAGGGGUAGCAUACGAAGGGCGCGGCAACACGGCGUCCAAGAACGCCGCCAUUGCACUGGCGCGCUUGGCGCACGAACCAACCAUGUUGGAGCGGCUACGUGAGCUGCAUGGCAUCGAGAUUAUAUACCAGUACGUGAAGCCUUGA